GACUGCGCUAGAGGAAGAAAGAAUAAGUGGCUGCUGCAGGAUGCGGAUAUUGCAAAAAUUCAAGAGAAAAUCAACAACCAUGUAAUAUCAAUGGCAGAGUUUUUAUCCGCUGCGAUUCACAAAAUAUCAACUCUUGCGGAAUCGUACCAGCCAGGCGACGCUGACGAUGAGAUAGAGCUGCACAAUUUACAACCAGUCAUGGAGCUUCAACCUCAAAUAACAGCGAUGGUCCCUGAAGCCCUUCCCACCUCGCUGUACAACGACUAUCAGUGGAAUCCGGUCCAGCUGUGUGCUGAGGAGUUCAUGUCCUUGGAGGACAUAAGAAAACAACGGGAGGGCCUCAUGCGAUGUUUACGGCGGGAUCCUGAUGAAACUGUGGAAGCGGCAGAAGAGGGACCAGUAUGCCUAAUUUGUAUGGAGUAUCGGGCAACCCGCCUCUGCGGUCCAUGCGGACACAUUGUCCUUUGUGGUCGUUGUGUAAACGAAUUUAUUCAAAGAGAGGUAUACCAUAGUGUUACAGUUGGUAAUGGUGAAGUAGAGGACACCCCAAUCCGCUUGCCAACGACUUGCCCGCUAUGCCGGGCAAUAGUUGGCCAAGUAUUCAAAGUUUUUUCCCCAAUAAAUCACUAG